CGGCUUUUCUCCGAAUGCUCCCAACGCCGUUCCAUUUUCCUUUCUACAAUCCGGCUCUUCCUUACUCGUGGAGUGCCUGGAAUCGCUGGCCCGAGGACACUGCGUCGAGCCGGGCCGGGAACAGCACUGAGGCAUCAUGACGACCCUGGACGACAAGUUGCUGGGGGAGAAGCUGCAGUACUAUUACAGCAGCAGCGAGGGGGAGGACAGUGACCGCGAGGACAAGGAUGAAGGCAGUGGGGCUCUGGCUGGUGGGCCCAUGGCUGCAGACGCCGAGGUGAUGGGCGAAGGCAUCUCCGUGAACACAGGGCCAAAGGGUGUGAUCAACGACUGGCGCCGCUUUAAGCAGCUGGAGACCGAGCAGAGGGAGGAGCAGUGCCGGGAGAUGGAGCGGCUGAUCAAGAAGCUGUCGAUGAGCUGCAGGUCCCACCUGGACGAAGAGGAGGAGCAGCAGAAGCAGAAGGACCUCCAGGAGAAGAUCAGCGGGAAGAUGACCCUGAAGGAGUUUGCCAGGAUGAGCGAAGACCAAGAUGAUGAAGAGUUUCUGCAGCAGUACCGGAAGCAGAGGAUGGAGGAGAUGCGGCAGCAGCUUCACAGGGGGCCCCAGUUCAAGCAGGUCUUCGAGAUCCCCAGUGGCGAAGCGUUUCUGGACAUGAUUGAUAAAGAGCAGAAAAGCACGCUCAUCAUGGUCCACAUUUACGAGGACGGCAUCCCAGGGACAGAAGCCAUGAACGGUUGCAUGAUCUGCCUGGCCGCCGAGUACCCGGCUGUCAAAUUCUGCCGAGUGAAGAGCUCGGUGAUCGGGGCCAGCAGUCGGUUCACCAGGAACGCCCUCCCCACCCUGCUCAUCUACAAGGGAGGCGAACUCAUCGGCAAUUUUGUUCGCGUCACCGACCAACUCGGGGAUGAUUUCUUCGCUGUGGACCUUGAAGCUUUCCUACAGGAAUUUGGACUGCUUCCAGAAAAGGAAGUCCUGGUGCUGACAUCUGUGCGUAACUCGGCCACUUGUCACAGUGAGGAUAGUGAUUUGGAGAUAGAUUGAGCUGGCAGUGAAUUCCUCAAUGGACCGGAAAAUACGUAUCUCUAUAUAUGGUUAAUUUCUUUCUCUCUCUCUUUUUUUUUUUUUUCUAAUGGGUAAUUUCUGUCUUUCCCAAGUCCACCAGCAUCUUGGCUGGUCUUUGUAGUCUCUUAUUAUAAGGUCAAGAAAUUCUUAGAUUCAGUCAGAAGGCCGACUCACACAGUGGCUAGCAAUAAAGUGACUUAAAACUGUGUAAACAGGAAGCCAGCCUUUGCAGCUGUUUACUUCUAGAUUAUCUAGCCUGACAUCACUGUUAUUUUUUUCAGUCAAUAUUUACAGAGCAUCCUCAGUGUAGCGUUCUGGAAAUUGUUUUCAGAUGUUCCCUGAGGUCUCAGCCAGAUCUGGGAGUAGAUUUCUGUAAUUUGUGCAUUGUUUGCAAUGGAACCAGUGCAUUUCCUUCACAAAUACUUGUAAGCAAUAGAUCCGUGUCAUCAGAUCCAGAUCCCGAGAAGGCAGUUUCAGUUUCCUCCCAGAUCGUGUUCUCCACUGGGGGUCUUUUUAAGGUUUCCAGACGUGGGUGGCUGCCCCGUCACACGGGCCCCUCUCUGCUUGUGCAGUGGUGUCUGGAAGAGAUACCAUUAGUUCUAGCGCAGCAGGAAGGACCAGGGCUUACCGCCCUCUGGCUGCUGCCCCACCGGCUUGUCUCCAGCCUGAGGACGGCUGUUUCUGCAGGGAAUCUUUCAGCACGAUGCUCUUCAUCUCAUUCUCAUGCCAAGACAACUUUUUGGUUUCAUAUCGCUCUGAAAGGUGGCAAAGGGGGAGGCUCCCAAGCAGUGUUCAGGAAGUCCGGGGAACCCCCUGGAAAAUUUUGGACAACUGGUCCCGUAGAUUGAGAGCAGGGCCUGAUGAUGCGGUGCUGCGUGCGCCCUCCCCAGCUGUACCCAUUAUUGCUCUGGUACCAUGUGGUGCUGGGAAUUGAACCCCGGUCAGGAGCCAUGUGCCCUAACCAUUGUACUAUCUCCCCGCCCCUUCAUGUCACUUGUAAAACAUAUUUUUUGUUUGCAUAUUGGAAAAUUAAUGUUCAAUAGGGGAAAUUUUACCAAAAUACAGAAGCAAAGAUAAUAAAAUAAGAAUGACCUCUAUUUCAGUCACCUGUGGCAAAGAACCAUUCAUAUUUUAUUACAUUUUCUCUCGAGAAUUUUUGUUGUUUACAUGGAUCUUUCUUGGAUUUUUUUUUUUUAAAUAAAACCCUGAAUUGGGAUCAUCCUGGACAUAGUAUUUUACAGUCACUGUCACUGUCACUGUCAUCCCUUUGCUCCUCAAUUUGCUUGAGUGGGCACCAGUAACGUCUCCACUGUGAGAUUUGUUACUGUUUUUGGCAUAUUGAAUAUGCCACGGGUAGCUUGCCAGGCUCUGCCAUGCAGGUUAGAUACUCUUGGUAGCUUGCCGGGCUCUCGAGAGGGGCGGAGGAAUCAAACCCGGGUCUGCCGAGUGCAAAGGCAAGCGCCCUACCCACUCUGCUAUCGCUCCAGCCCAUUCUAUAGUAUGGUCAGCUAAUAUAGCAGACUUUUGUGUUAAUAGUACGCUUCUACAUUAUUUUUUAAAUGCUGUUAAUGCCCUAUUAUAGAUGUGCUGUCAUUUUCUUGGGCGUUUUCUUCCUUCCUCCCUCUUUGUUUCCCUCCCUCCUUCCCUUCCUCAAGACCUUAGACAUCAAGGUAUGUGCUCGAGCACUGAGUCCCAUUGAUGUCUCUUAAGAAAGAAAGCUUGCAAAGGUUUUUUUACUACAAAAGCAAUAUAUGGCCAUUUAAAAAAACAAUAAAAAUGGGUAAACGAAAAAAAAAAUUAAAGCACUUUUAUUUCACCAACCCAAAAUAUUAUUUGUUAUGAUUUGUACAGGUAACUUUCUAGAUUUUUUUUUCUGUAUCCUUAUAAUGAUUGCUAUGUAAGAUUUCCCUUCUAUUUAAAACUUUAUGUAUAUUCUAGGGGUGGGAAAAUUAACCUGGAAUUAAAUGUUAGUUUUAUUAUGAUGA